CAGUAACAAAUCGUUUACAAUCCUACAAAAUGAAAGCCUUCGUUGUUGCCUUCGGUGUCCUGUGCGCCUUGAUGGUGGUGGACUACUGCCAAGCGGUGGAUAACCAUGAUAAACUGGAUCGCCAUAUGGAGGAGCUGGAGGAUAUGUUGAAGAACAGCAUGCUGCCGGAGUAUGAGGAUUUCCCUCGGUUCCGUCGAUCGGCUGAGGAAAAUUCCAACCAGCAGCAGGGUGGUGGUGGUGGUGGUGGACCUGGCAAAGGAAAAGGACCAAAAGGAGGCCGUGGAGGACAAGGCGGACAAGGAGGACAAGGAGGGCAAGGACAGAGCCAGGACAGCCAAACUGGGCAAUGAUGUGGUGGCGAAUUGAGCAAUUCAUCAAAUGAGAGCUUUCAGUUUGCGUGUCCCACGAAUUUCUUAGCUCAAUUGGUAAUGCACGGUCAUAAAAAUAAUAUUUGGUAAUACAUUUGUUUGAAAUAAAUUCAUGCGAUUAGCUGCAU